AUGUCAUUUUUAACUAAAGAACACUAUGAAGGGCUAUUUUCAAUUAAAAUCGUGCCAAAAAAUGUUUGCGAUGAUAGACAUCAAACAGCAUUUGGCUUGCCACUGAAGUGUGAAUGGAAAUCUGGAAAAAUAAGGAAGAAGAAGGAAAAAAAUUCUGAAGACCGUUCCAAGGCACAUGACAAAGCUCUUGUCAUCUUGGAGUCAUUUAAUUUUGAGACCUUCGUCGUAUCGAUCAGAAUGUCUAAGCGGGAAAAAAGGAAGGAGAUUAAAGAGAAAUUUACUGAUAAGAAAAAAAACCUCGGGCUCGUUUUGAAAGCUCAAAAAGUUCUACAUAUGAUUCGAAAUGAUGAAUCAUUUAUGAUUCUUAUAAAUUUAGAUUCUACUAGAAUUAUUGAUUUCGAAUCAACUCCAAAUAAAAAU